AUGGAGGCAGAUUGGGACGAGUUGGCGCGCAUUCCCAUGCCGCCACCCAGUCCACAUGCUAUGCCUACGAUCGCGACAGCAGUCGCGUUUGACGAUGUUAUGGAACUUCUUUGGACCGGAAAUGAAUACGGUCGAAUCUCCUCAUUUUGCGGGCCUGAAUUAGGUCGAUACACCUCCCUACGAGCACACCCGGCCGCCGAAGGACCGGUGCGGCAGAUACUGUUCCAUGAGCGAGGUGUGAUAUCGCUGUCUUCCAAGAGUGUGCACAUGAUUACUCGACGCGGCCUGACACAAUGGCAUUUGAAUCACGAGGAAAUGGUGGACCUCCGCUGCAUGAGCUUUACGGCGCAACUUAACCGGAUCCUUGUGGCCGGUUGUCAAAACGUGAUGUUCACGGUGGAUAUCGACAAGGGUACGAUUGUGGAUAAAUUGCCCACCGAAUACAGCUAUACGCUUAUGAAGAAGAGUCGAUACCUGUGCGCUGCGACUGAUACGGGCUCCGUAAAUGCACUCAGUCUCGCGGACUUCAGUGUCGUGAAAUCGUGGAAAGCACAUGGGACGGCCGUCAAUGAUAUGGAUGCGCGGAAUGAUUUACUGGUUACCUGUGGCUUUUCCAUGCGGCACAUGGGCGCUCCGAUCGUUGACCCUUUAGCCAACGUUUAUGAUCUGAAAACAUUGACGCCAUUACCUCCCAUCCCAUUUCACGCCGGGGCGGCCUAUGUCCGUAUGCAUCCCAAACUCCACACGACAAGCUUCGUGGCCUCGCAAACCGGUCAGCUGCAAGUUGUGGACCUCAUGAAUCCCAACGCAAUCAAUCUACGACAGGCCAACGUAUCACUUAUGCUUGGCCUUGAUAUUUCUCCAUCAGGAGAGGCUCUAGCAAUCAAUGAUGCCGAAUGCUCCAUACAUUUAUGGGGAUCUCCCACCAAGGUUCAUUUCAACGAAAUGAGCAAAGAAAUGGAAUUUGCCGAUGUCCCUACUCGACCACCACCGAUUGACUGGUCCCCUGAUACCCCUCUGAACAUGGUGGGACUGCCCUAUUAUCACGAGCGCCUCUUCUCGGCUUGGCCUAGCCAUCUUGUCUUUGAGAUUGGCAGUCCACCUGCUCAGCUGGAUCAGUCCCUGCUGCCGUAUCUACGCCCCUCCGAAGUGGGACACCAUGCCCCGAACCCAAGGAAAAACCGACGAAACCAAGUAGAGAAUACACGCGCAUUGGCAAACGCGGAGCCGGCUCUUAUUGCUCCCAAGUUCUUAAGUGAAAAGGCUCGGGAUCACAGCAAGUCGAAACUAGAAAGCGCAGUUAUCGAUGCUGCCGAGGCUCUUGCAGGUGCAAAUAUCAACGGCGAGAGUGAUGACGACCCUCUCCUGAAGUACAGUAACGUCGAGAUCAAGUAUAGUCGUUUUGGCGUUGACGAUUUUGACUUCCUAUUUUACAAUAAGACGACAUUUUCUGGUCUCGAGACUCACAUCGCAAAUUCAUUCACAAAUUCUCUCCUUCAACUCUUCAAGUUUAUCCCACUAUUCCGAAACCUCUCACUCACUCACGCUGCCGGCUCUUGCAUCUUCGAACACUGCCUACUUUGUGAACUGGGAUAUCUAUUUGACAUGCUAGAAAAGGCAAACGGACAGAAUUGCCAAGCAACGAACCUCUUGAAAACAUUCAGCAGCUUCCGAGAAGCUUCAAACCUAGGUCUUUUGGAAGAGAAUCUGACCAAUAAAUCUCUCUCGACCGCGAUUCAAGCCGUGAAUCGAUUCUUCUUGACCCAGAUAGCACACGACUUCCGCAUGGUUCAACCAAACUCUGAGGAAUUGGAUCUAUGCCUUUCCACUGUUGCAUCUGAAACAAUUCGCUGCAUGUUCUGUCAGCAGGAGACCGUUCGACCUGGCAAUUCCCUUGCCAAUGAGCUUUUGUACCCCAACAUGGACCCAAAGCAAGCGAGAAGAAAUCCUGCUUAUCGAUUCUCCAGUAUUUUGCGGGCGAGUAUUGAACGUGAAACGCAAAAUCGUGGAUGGUGCAACUAUUGCCGGCGCUAUCAACAGGUUAUGAUGCGGAAAACGGUGCAUAGGAUGCCUUUGAUUCUCAUGCUCAACGCAGCUCUUACGAAUCCUAUCUGUCGGCGACUGUGGGCUAUUCCUGGAUGGCUUCCCGAUGCGGUUGGUGUUCUCAUCGACAACGGACAGGUUGCUUGUUUCGAAGGAGAUGAACUCAAUUUAAGAAUACAGAGCAACGCGCCUGGACUUAUCGUAUAUGACUUGGUAGGCCUGGUUUCUGAGAUUGACAUCCCAGAGCAUCAGAAACCGCACUUGGUCCGUGAUACAAAUCACGCUGUUGAUGAUUCAUGGAAGAAAUCUCUUGACACUACGCUCUUGUUCCGCGAGUGGUCAUUGAACGGCGGGCAUCAGGUUGAUACGUGCCGCAAUCUUUCCGAAGCAGAGAAGCCUCAGACUGGCACUCCCGUGGCCCUGGAUACCGAAUUCGUGGACCUUGAAAAGGCCGAGAUUGAUGUCAAGGCGGAUGGAUCACAGGAAAUGGUCCGGCCGAAUAGGAGUGGCCUUGCCCGAGUUUCUGUUCUACGGGCAUCAGGCAUUGACGAGGGCGUGCCGUUCAUCGACGACUACAUCACCAUUCGGGAGCCAAUCGUGGACUAUGUGACCCAGUAUUCUGGUAUCAAACCCGGUGACCUGGACCCACGAACCAGUGAGCACAACUUGGUGCCGUUGAAGGUGGCGUACAAGAAGCUCUGGCUGCUGUUGAACCUUGGCUGUGUGUUUGUUGGCCAUGGAUUGGCCUCGGACUUCCGCAAGAUCAAUAUUCAAGUACCGAAGUCUCAAACCGUUGACACUCAAUAUCUCUUCUUCCAUCCUGGCAAGAACCGCCGUCUCAGCCUUCGCUAUCUCGCUUGGGCUGUCUUCAAAGAAUACAUCCAGGAAGAGCCCACCACGGACACAAUACAGGGACAUGACUCGAUCGAGGACGCUCGCAUGGCCAUGCGCCUUUGGAAGAAGUUCCAAGAGUACGAGGAUGCAGGAAUCUCCGCACAAAUGCUCGAAGAGAUUUUCCGCGAGGGCCAGAAGCUGGGUUUCCGACCUCCUCCCAGGAACGGCACCGCAGUAGUCCUCUCUCGACCCGGUACGGCAAUCACAAUGUCGAACGACAGCGGUCGAAAUACCCCCCAGUGCAACGGAUGCUAG